UUUACAGUGUUUAUACUGUGAGAAAACAUUCCGUGACAAGACUACUCUCAAAGAUCAUAUGAGGAAAAAGCAGCAUCGCAGAAUCAAUUCCAAAAAUCAUGAAUAUGACAAAUUUUACACCAUCAAUUAUCUGGAACUCGGGAAGAACUGGGAGGAAGUUCAGGCUGAAGAUGACAGAGAAAUGACAGAAGAGCAAGAUGAUGAUUGGUCAGAUUGGCAAGAUCAUCCAGUUUGUGUUGUUUGUCUCUUCUGUGAGAAAGCAAAAGAUACGACUGAAAAACUGCAACAUCACAUGAAGGUGGCUCAUCAAUUUGACUUUCCAAAAUUGAAAUCUGAAAUGGGUUUAAAUUUCUACCAGCAGGUGAAAUUAGUAAAUUUUAUCAGAAGAGAAAUUCACCAAUGCCGAUGCAGCAAGUGUGGGGAAACGUUUAGCUCAAAAGCAGAUGUCGUAAACCAUAUGACUGAAACAAACCACAUGAUGUCACUGCUAGAGAGAUCUGCCUGGGAUCAACCACAGUAUUAUUUUCCUACUUACGAAAAUGAUGCUCUACUUUGCUCCCUAUCUGAUUGCGAGAAUGAAUCUGUGGCUGACAACCAAGCAACAGACAUUCCUGUCAUUGCAGAAGAUAUUUCAAACUUGGAAACUUUAAAACAAAGUAGUAUUCUAAAUUGUUUGCACCACCCAGACACCAAGAACUAACAUGCAUUCUUUCUCUAAACGAGGAGAACCACUAUUUAGUGAAUCCACCAGUAGCAGCUUCUAAUAUUCUAUUGAUAUAACUAGCCAACAUCAAAGUAUUUGGACAAUUUGACUGUGAUUAGCUCAUUUAGUUCUUCUGCGCAGGAAAGCAGAGGCACUCUGGUGGUGCUAUUGAUGAACAUUUGCGUAGAGUCAUAGUGUCCCACAGCACACAGAUACCGGUCCUUCGGCCCAGACUGGUCCAUGCCGAGCAAAAUGUCCAUCCACACUAACCCCUUUUGCCUGCACUUGGCCCAUAUCCUUCUAAAUCUUUCCUGUCCGUGUACUUGUCCAAAUGCCUUUUAGAUGUUGCUAAUGUACCUGCCUCAACCACUUCCGCUGGCAGUUCAUUCCAGAUGCAAACCACCCUCUGUGUAAAAAAAUGUUGCCCCUCAGGUUCUUUUUAUUCUCUCACCGCUUACCUUUAUCUGAUGCCCUCUAGGCCUUGAUUCCCCAACCCUGGGAAAAAGAGAGUGCAUUCACCCUGUCCUUGCUAAACUUCUUGUGUACUCUUUCCAGUUUAAUAACAUCCUUCCUAUAGCAAGGUGACAAAAACUGAUCACAAUACUCCAAGUGCAGCCUCACCAACAUCCUGUAUAACUGCAACAUAACUUUUCAACUUCUGUACUCAAUGCCCUGCCUGAUGAAGGCCAGUGCACCAAAAGCCUUCUUCACUGCCCUGUCUACCGGUGAUUCCACUUUCAGAGAACCAUGCACCUGAACUCCAAGGCCCCUGUAUUCCACUACACUCCUUAAGUCCCUACCAUUCACCGUGAAGCUCCUAUCUUGAUUUGACUUUCCGAAAUGCAACACUUCACACUUUUAUCUAAAUUAAAUUCCAUUUGCCAUUUCUCAGCCCACUUCCUCAGCUGAUCAAGAUCCUGUUGCAAUUUCUGAUAACCCUCCUCACUGUCUUUGAUACCAACUAUUUUAGUGUCAUCUGCAAACUUACUAAUCAUGCCUUGUACAUUCUCAUCCAAAUCAUUGACAUAGAUAACGAAUAGCAAUGGGCCCAGCACUGACCCCUGACACAGACCACGAGUCACAGGCCUCCAAUCUGACAAGCAUCCUUCCACUAUUACCCUCUUUUUCCUACUGUCAAGCCAAUGGUGAUUCCAAUUUGCCAGCUCUCCCUGGAUUCCAUGUGAUUGAACCUUCCAGAGCAACCUGCCAAAUGAAACUUUAUCAAAGGUCUUACUGAAAUCCAUAUAGGCAAUGUCUACCACCCUGCCCUCAUAAAACUUUCCUGGUCACUUCAUCAAAGAACUCAAACUAAUUUCUGAGGCAUGAUCUCUCAUGCACAAAGCCAUGCUGGCUACUCCUGAUCAAACCCAAAUGCAUGCAUAUCUUAUCCCUCAGAAUCUUUUCAAGUAACUUACCAACCACAGCAGUAAAGCUUACUGGCCUAUAGUUCCCAGGCUUUUCUUUGCAGCCCUUCUUAAAUAAGGGCAUAACAUUUGCUACCCUCCAGUUUUCUGUGACCUCACCCAUGGCUAACGAUGAUGCAAAUAUGCCAGCCUGUCGCAGGGUUCUUGGAUAUAUCUGGUCAGUACUAGGAGAUUUAUCCACUUUCAUUCAUUCUAAUAUGUCUAACACCACCUCUAAUGUGAUAUGGACUGUCCCCAAGAUAUCACCACUUGGAGCUGAUCGGAUAAUUCAUAGGCAACAAAGUUUUACUUGGAUAUAAUCAUAACAUUCUGCUGGUCUUAAGCUACUUGGUUUGGACUGGAACAAAAUAUUUUUGAAAUAAUUUGAUUUGUUGUAAUUUCUCAGUUCUUUUAAUCUUCCCAUUGGAUUUGUGAAUUACAUUUCCCUUCACCCUAUAUAUGUCCAAUUGAGAUUUAAUGUGAAAGAGUGAUCCAGCCCAAGAGAAAGCACUCAAAGUUUGUUUCUGAACUGCCAAAAAUUGAAGUGAAGAAUUUAUUUUUGAAGUUUCUGAAGAAGGUUUGUGAGACUUGAAACAUAAAUUCAGUUUCUCUCUCCACAAGCUGCUGCCAGAACUCUUAAGUUUCUCUGGCAUUUUCUGUUUUUAUCGCCCCAUUGCUUAUUGUUUUGUUUUUGUUUGACAGUUUAUUGACUCAGCUAAUAAAUUACUUUUGACAACUGAAUACUUCAUUAAACAUGGCAGCACAUUCAGUUUAGUUUAGUUUGGUUUGUGAGCUGUUUUUAGCUUAUCAGUAAACACAUUUGCAUAAAUUCCUAAUAAGUAGCAAAGUUGUUAAGUCUUAAGAUAACGUUUAAAAUAUUCCAGUCAAUCAUGAAUAAACUAAACUUCAGAAAAAUUAAAUAGUUCGUCACAUAUGGAAAAUAGUCAUGUUGUAAUUAAUUGUUACUGUCAUUUUGUACUCUGGAUGGAAAAAUGUUGCAUCACAACAUUGGCAGCUGUGCUGUGGCAUUCUGGAAAUGAACACAGGAAAUGACUAAUGGACACAUUAUCCCAAAAUGCAAGUUGCCCUUUGAAAGAAUUGAUAAACAAAAAUAAGUUAUCCAAUAUAAGGUCACCUUAUUUAUUGUGUAUUACCAUUUAGUUAGUUCAAGAGGGAAUAAGUUCAAAUGCAGCUUUUGAAUUUUUGUUGAACUAAUUCAUAAUUGUUGAACUGUUCCAAAAAUCUAAUUCUGAAGUGGUCAGAAGUUUUCUAUCUUAUUAGUUUGUUUAAUCUCAAACCUUUUAAAAGAAAGUUCAACUUUUUUUUAUCCACCUGUAUACAUUCCUGAAAAGUUGAAUUGCAACUAUUAAAUAUAUGAAAAUUAGCAGUGGUAUUGAUUCGAUAGAAUUGUAUGCUGUUCAAUUUUGCUUUGAUUAAAAACGAACUCAGCAGUUAAAAAAUUUGAACUGUUUCCAUGAUGACUUUUAUAAUUAAACAUAAGUUCACAGUGAGCAUGUUACCAGGCUAUGGUAUCAAGUAUGGCAUUAGAACUUCAUUCCAGUGUUUAAAUAUCAAAACCAGGAACUGGGUUUUUUAAUGUUAUGCAUAAUUAUUUUUAAAAUCAUUAUGAAAGGAAGCACUAGUAGAAACAUGGAAGUGAAAGAUGAUGUUCUGCAAUUUUCUUCAAGGAUUGAAAAAGCUGCAGCUCCAUUUGUUCUCUCAAGCUUAAUGUAAUUUAAAACAAUCAAGCAUCUGAUAAAUUGAGUGUUCUCGAUCCAUUUUAUCGGUUAUGUUUCCUUGAUGCCCAAUAGUAAAUCGUUGUUUUUAACUUAAUGAUGGAAGUACUUUAUCUAAAUGGCUACCUUUCCCCGUCAGAUUUAAGUGUCAUUGGCAAGGCAACACUUCUGUUGACCAUCCCUAAUUGCCUUUGAGAUGGUUCACCACCACCAUGAACCCCUCCAUUUCAUAUGGUGUAGAUAUACAGAUGUUGCUGUUGGAGAGGGAGUUCCAUGAUUUUGACCCAGUGUUAGUGAAAGAAUGACAUGACAGUGCCAAGUCGGGCUAGUGUAUGAUGAGGUGAUUUCAUUUUCAUAGGCCUCCAACUCUUUUCUUUCUUGAUGAUAGAUGUCAUGGGUUUGGAAAGAAUCUUGGUGAGCUUCUGAGUUGCUUCUUUUGGAUGGAACACACUAUGCACAUGUGGUGGGGGGGACUAAAUGUUUAAUGUGCUCAUCAAGUACAGUCAGUUCUGAUAUAACGUGAUAGUUCUGUUCACAUGCGAUCUCGCGUUAUAAAAAAAUCAUUCAAUAGCUGCGCCAUUUAACCUAAUGGGGCUGGAAUAUCAUUAUAGCCAAUACAGGUAAGGAAAGUUCUACAAAUAGCGGUCUAAAUUCUUCAAUCGUGUUAAAGCCAAUUCACGUUGAAGAAACACUCGUUAUACCAGAGCCAACUAUAGUUUAUGUUGCAUGUGGCAAAUGAGAUAACUAUCCAUUGGUCUGUUUUAUUGUGGAUACUGUUGACUUUCCUGAGUUGUUCAAACGACUGUCACCCACACAAGUGAGAAUCUUAUGUCCCACGCCAACGUGUGCUCUGUGGAUAAUGGACAGGGUGUGGGGAGUCAGGAGUUGAAUUACUUGCCAAGCAUUCUCAGCCUCUGUACUUUUGUAGCCAUAUCAUUUAUGUAGUUGGUCUAAUUAAAUUUCUGAAUGUUAA